AUGACAGCAAACCCGCCGACGUCUCUCACGAUGGACUCGAGUCUCCGCAACCAGGUUGUACGAUUGGAAUGCCCUUCGGAGCUGGAAGAAGGCGAAUGGGACGGUCCCAUCUACGCCCGCCUAUUGGAACCAAGACAUAUCAAGCCAGGACACCCGAGUGUGUUCGUGGUGGACGAUUCUUCUCGCCGCCCCGGCUGGCUGUGUAAGCUUAUCUUCUACGGCUCCGCGUAUGACGGGAACAUGACAGGCUUGGGCUCGCUCGAAGCCCUAGCUACAGACCCGGUGGUCAUCCCGUAUUCGCGGCUUACUCGACCCGAUACCGGCUUAAGUAUGGAGCUCAAGGACCGUCCCCUCCUCCUCCUGUAUCGAUUCGUUCGGUUCAAUGCCUGUUAUCUCCAAUGCGACCGUCGCUCCUACCGCGAGGUCCCGCUCGAUUCCUUCCUCGUUGGCCAAGUCGUUAGUUACUUCCCAACUCACGGACGAACGUUUACUACGCCGGCUGGCGCCGCGCUUCAGCCGGCGUGUGACCACAUGUGUGUGGUGGCUCUCCGGAGCCGCGCCGACGCGCCCACGCUCCACGUUGUCGUGCCCAGCGCCACCGUGUGGCAGCAGCAGAUUUCCCGCGAUGAAUUUGUUGUAGGCUGGUGUCAUGGCGUCGCUGCCACAGCUCAGCCGACACGCAGGCUAUCCCGAUUUCGUUCUCGAUGGAUUGAGCUCGUUAUACCUACGGACACUGAUUGCGAUAUUGGGAAGUUACUCAUGGAAACUUUCGUCCCAGCAGGAUCGGACUCCACCAUGGACCUGGCAUCUGAGAAUCUCAGAAUCAUUUCUGAGUACGGACGCAUUAUCGACGUUAACCUGAUUGACUAUGCUCGCCGAUACGUCGGCCCGGCCCGACCGUCUACCCGAAUGUGGAGAAUGACUCAGAGUCCCCGUCGGACGUCCUCGCUAUCGGCCUAUCUCGUGGCAAGGCACUGGACGGCCGGCAACCGGAUAUUGUCCGAUACGAAGACUGUCGCUGAGGCCGUGCCCUCAACUCCAUCGGUCGUGGCCACUACGAAUUCUGCCAUGCCAGAGAACGUGUUCGCCGCGAUUGCUGAACUAGCCCGAACUACCCAAGAGGCGCUUACACAACAGGCCGCCGCUCAACAGUCGUUCCAAGAGCAGCUUCUACGUCGCUUAUCGCCGUCCACCGGGACUGAUUCUCGCGAUCAUCAGCACGGUGCUGCCGUGCCUCCAGCGGCUGGGGCACCAUCCGGCAGUCUACCGAACGACCACCGUGGUCGAAAUUCCCAAAAGCGCCGUGCUCACCGCGGGCGAAGCUCAAGCCCUCCGCCUAGACCACGCCAUACACGCGAGCGGUCCCGGAGCCGGUCUCGCGACCGCCCCCGCCACAGCGGGCGCAUCAGAUCUCGCGAUCGCGAGGGCGCGGGCCACGGUGGCCAACAACUCCUUCACCGUCCGUUACAGCAGCAACACGACGCCGCCACUGACGCACGUGCGUACGGGCGUUGGGACGACGCCAGCUACGGACAUUCCCGUCCUUCAGAGGUCAUCCACCGGGACGACCGAUAUGACCAUUACUUAGGAAACUCUCACGACCACGGCGCAUCUGGGCCUUACGAUCACUCGCAUCGACACUCGAAUUAUGGCUACGGUAGCCCUCGGACGGCUUCAGGCGGGUACACAUCCGGGACGCCUGCCCUCGGCCAGUUCGGGUUUGGACCUGGAACCGAUUACCGUCAUUCUGGCGGCGGCUUCCACCCCCGUGGUUCCGGACGCCAAGCCUUGACGCUGGAACUAGCUGGAACUACUGGAUUUCGACCGUCCCCCGCGGAACUUAGGGCUCACAGGACCGCGCGCGUUGGGCCCCGUCCGAAUGACCGGGUCUCUACUAUUCUUCAUGAGGAGACACGACGCGGGCAAUAUCGUGUUACCAAGGUCACAGCCAAGAUGGUGUUUGCGGUGGACUUCGGGACACGGCCGAUCGACCACUUCCUCCCGCCCAGUGCCCACGGCAACGGCGGCCGUACCGUGGUGCACGACUCGUCCACAUGGACAUCAGGCGAUUCUGUACCGGGUGGACUCAUCACGUCGAUGGACGACCUACGGGCAACACUACAAUGCAUUCGAGAAGUGGCUACUGAGUGGUACCCACGCGAUAUUGUGGACGUCUUCGCUGCAGUCUGUGCUGAUGCCACAUCACGGGUGCUCAACAAUGCUCCCACCGGACUAGUUCACGCUAUGAUCAACCUCUACUCUCAUGUGUUUUCGAGACUGUUCAUCGCCAUUAGCCAAAACGCCGACCCUGCGUCUCUGGUGGACCAAGCGCGGUCAGUCAUGGCUUCGGACUCGCCGGAUUACCUCCGGCUCGUACGCCAAGUUAUUGACCACGGUCUAAUCUCGAGUUGGGCGCAGUCCCAACGUUCCUCUUCCCACCGCAGCAACACUACCGCGUACGGUCCAUCAACCAGGCCUUCCGCCCACUCGGGCUCUCACCGCGAGUCCCGUCAAACCCGCCAACAAGUUUCUCCGGUUCCGGAAGCGAUUCUGCAGCAAAUUCCCAAGCGCAACAACAAGACGGUCUGCCUCAAGGUCCAAACCCAACGGGGCUGCGAAUUUUGGAGCUGCAAGUAUGCCCAUGACCUCGAACAACUCCCGGAGGAGGUGGUGACAUACGCCACCGGCAAGUAUGGGCCUCUGGCAUCAGGCCAUCCCAACUUGUCGGCUUGGCGCCUCGGAGGCGGAGAGCAGGUCGUAAGCACGGCUCACAACACGACUUUGACACCUGCUUAUGUCUUUCGUCCGCCUCUAACUAUUCCCUUCCAACCGAUAUCGGACGUUGGACGGGCCUCCUCUGAACCGUCGGUCCCGGGGACCUUUACGGGUGUCUCCGUUGUCAGCCCUAAUUACGGAGACACUAUCACGCUUUCGAUUGACGGGGGAGCUCGGAGCUUAACACACGUUAGCGCCUAUGCGUGGUGUGCUUGGUCGAAACCAGGAAAACCACUUUGGUGGUCAGCUUCAUCCGUAGUUCCCGGUGGAACAAACAAUGUUAUGGAAGCGCGUGCACUAUUAUCGGGCCUCCACUGGCUUCGGCAACAUUGUCAUCAGCAACCUGUACAGAUCAUCGGUGAUUCGGCCAUUGUCAUUGACAUGGCGUCUGCAAGGACACGUGUUCACAGCGCCACGUUGGCCCCUCUGAUCCACGACAUUCGACUAUAUAUCAAUCAGCUCCGCCUAGUCCGGAUUCGAGCGGUUCCGCGAACCUUUAACGUUGCAGCGGAUGCCCUUUGCAAUUGGAUCAUGGAUCAGACCGAGACGCAGUCGUUAACUCGAUCCACGCUGGAUACCAGAUGCCCGUUGACGGAGCUUCAGUGGUCCGAUCCGUUGGUCAAAGGUUGCCCCCCCGUUGCACCAAUCGAUCUCCGCACCUAUGACCGCCUUCAGUGGCAGUCACGUUGGUCGUUGGUACUGUUAGACUACGAACGCGUCCGCCACAUCAUUACCAACCGUUUCCUCCUACGCCACAUUGGCGUACCCAUUCGAUCGCAUCUCAGUGAUGUCCCUCGGUCCACCGUGGACAUGCUGGCCCGUACCGAUACUUCUCGACGCCACGUUGGCGUACCGAAUCGAUCGCAUCUCAGUGAGGACUCUCGGUCCACCGUGGACACCUUGGCCAGUUCCGAUAAUCCCCGACGCCACGUGGGCGUACCGAAUCGAUCGCAUCUCAGUGAUGACUCUCGGUCCACCGUGGACACACAGGCCCGUACUGAGCGGUCCCCGUUUGACAACGAUAUACGCAGAGAAUGUGUUGUUCGAGGCAUUAAACGUUGUGUCCCGCCCGAUGUGUUACGGAAAUUUCAGGCCGUGGCGUCCACGCAUCGUCUAUCGUUCCCGUUGAAUCGCAUUUUCCGCAACCCGACGGGGGAUCGUCUCACUCUUCCGUUCGAGGAUAUCCGUUUCCUGUCCGCAGUCGUUCAGCUACCCCAUAUGGGUAUUGAAGGGACACUCCGAGUGUUUCGAGGUCAGACCUCACGCGAUGACCGCCCUAACAAGGCCCUACGACCUCGAUUGUUCCGACAACACCUUGCCUCUUACGAGGAGCUCGAGCUCCUUUGCAGUAUAGCUGAACACGGUGUGGUCCCUCAUUGGCGUCACUCGGUUGCCAGAGCUGGAGUGCGGCCGGUCCCACACAACUAUCCCAGUGCAAUUACGGGGGCCACUGUCGUGACGCAUCGAUUGCGGAAGGACUACUACGCCGGGCGUUGUAUCAUCGCCACGAUGGCCGCUCUGACAGCGGAGCCGGGGUUCCACUCGAGUGCCUUUGCAUUAGUUCCAAAAAAGGACGUCCCUUUAUCCGAAGAUGGGAGAAUCAUCCACGACUUAUCCGCGCCCCAAGGACUUUCGGUCAACGACAUUACGGACACGAGCCUGACACCAGACGCCCGUUGGGAUCAAUUCUCAUGUAUUGCCAUACGCAUCGUGGAACUCCGCACUAGGUAUCCAGGAUGCCGCAUAUACGCGCUCGUAGCAGAUAUCGCGGAAGCUUUCCAUCACGUGCCGGUCCACGCUCAUCAUUCGUCCGCGUUUGGGGGGACCUUCCCACGUUCACAUAUCGGCAUCGUUUCGGGGAUGGUGGUAUUCGGAUGGACUGCGUCGCCGGGGUUCUUCGCCAUCAUGGGAAAGGCCACAAGGCACUACCAGCGCACAGGCGCAUCGUACGUCAGCGGAUACCCAGAACCGUUCUGGGUAUUCAAUGGGUAG